AUGGAAUCGGUAGAGCUUGUGCUGGAACCGGUUGGAAAUGAUUAUCCUGGUUUGGUACGGGAAGCUCUUGCUGGGAGGGAACCGAACAGCUCAUGUUCAGGCUCGCUUUCCAGUUGUGGUUAUGCUUGGUUAAUAGUUGGUCAGAGCCUGUAUGUAUGGAAAUAUGACGCAGAGGAGAAUUAUACAAGUGCACCAGCAGUACUUAAUUUACCACCAUCUGGGCUUCCUUACAAUGCACAAACUGUCUGUGUAUACAAAAGACAAGGUUUUUCGGCGUUAGGAAUAAUUGCCGUAACACCAGAAGGUAUUGUCCGGCAUUGGUCUUUGCCAGAUCGUCAAUUCAGUGAUAGUUCAGUUGAUUUGGAUCGAGAGGUAGCGUUGUCGUUAGGAAGGAUUAAUUUGCAGUCAUCAGAAGGUAUAUGUUUUCUUCUGGCAACAACAACAGGCUCAUUAUUUUUGCUGAAUGUCAAUGCGAAUGUUACCCCCACACCAGGAAAAAGGCAGCGAUUGUCUUCCGAAAUUACCAUCAAAAUAAUUCAUACAAACACAAGAAACGGAAUUGGUGGUAAAUUGGCUUCGGCAAUAUUUGGUGAAGGAAGACAGUCUGGAGCAAAAUUGGUUAAGGCUCUGGUAUAUGAACAGUCAAGCGGUGAUUUAGUGGAUGCACGUUCCAGUGCAUCCAGUAAUUCAAAUACUGGUGUUACCAAAAAUAUGCAUAUACUUGCGGUGACGGAGCAUCAUUUUCACUCGUAUUCGAUACGAGAUUCUGCGAAGAUGUGGAGCUGUGAAUUGGCAAAUAUGGCCAGCGAGCAUUUUGCUUUGAAUCUUUGGAAUUUAUACGACGUUGAGGAGCAUAGGCAUUGGCAUGAAGAAAUUAAAACAUGGAUACUGGAUGCGGUCAACAUUAGGAAUGGUGCAUUGGUCUUAUUCGCAUGUAACAAUAAAGCUAUUUCUACGCAAAUAUAUUUUGCUUUUGGUUAUAUAUCAGAAUAUGAUGGUGCACAUCCUCCUGUAGCUUUAGAAUGGUUUUGUGUUUUGAAGGCUCUUUCAAACAAGUAUGAAUUAAGCGAAAAAAAUGUUGUGGCAAAUAUUACACUGAGAUUACCAACCGGUUCAGAGCAAUUGCUGCAUGACAAAAUGGAGGGUGUUCUUGUGGUUACCCAAAAAGCUGUUUAUUCUUUCUGUCUACCAGAUCGAUUGCUCAAAAAAACUCCAUUCAAGCUAAUCUUAUGUGCUAAGUACAACGCUACCUUCAUUAGUUCUGGUCGUGAUGCUCGAUAUUGUUACAUUUUCUUGGAAGAAAGUGGUUUGCAACGAGUGCGAUUACUUCCGAGAGGAUUUGAUGCAAAUUUGGCACAAACCAUUGCACAAAUGAGUAAGAUGGAAGUUCAGCCGGUAAAUCUUUCAAGCGCCGUAAGUGAUCGUCGUGCACUCGCUCUGGCAUUUUACCUCUUUUCGAAAGCUGACUUGUAUGAAGCCAGCAACGUGAUGCAAGAACUUUUGGAAAAUCGGCAUGCUGGGAUUGCUCAAAUAUGUGUUGAUUAUGCAAUAGACUUAGCUGACGAUAUUCCGAAUGAUGAGCGUUGGAAUGCUGUUGGCCAUUCAGCCCAUUCAAGAGCAGUGACGAACCAGAUAUCAUCUAAAAGUUCAUUUUUAUUGGAAGUACAUUUGGAGGAACAAAAGAAGAGGGUAUUGGCAAUGUUUAUUCUUUUCAUCAAAAGUCUUGCACUCGACGACAAAUUAAAUCGAACUGUCAAAACUCAUCUUUGUCAGUCACGUAGCGCACGUUCUCAAAUUGUUGAAUUAAUUGAAAAGAUUGAUAUUGCGAUUGCAUUGUACAAAUGGAGUAAGCAAAAUCCGUCAACAGUUUUCGACGCAGCCUUGGAGAGAGUGUUGUCGAGGCGGAAAGAAAGCAUCGACGGGGAACGAGAGUUGCUCACUCGAUAUGAUUGCUUCUUCCGAAAAGUUUCUCGGAUUGAAGAGCUCUUCAGUGGACUCUUCGAAGAAGAAGAAGAUAUUGUAGCGAACGAUAAUGAAUUACUGGAUUAUAAGCUUGAGUGUAUUGAAUAUGUUGGUGCUGCUUUAAUUAUUGGAAAGGAAGCAAUUGAUGAACGUCGCGAUGAUAUUGUUCUCGAUAUCGAAAACGAUUUACGAUGGACGCAGGAAAAACAUAUAUUAAGGCCGUUCAUAAAACACUUGAGCAUACUAUUCAAUUAUGUCAACCAAGCUGGUCGUGAUUGUCCGAAAUAUGUAGCUUUGUUGAAACAAGGUGUACUUAUUGCUGCGUUCAUAAUGAAUGAACAAGCAUUCGAUGAUCGGCAAAAUUCACCAAUUGUGGCCAGAUUUUUGGAAAUUUCUGAACACGCGAUUGCUUUAGAAUUGGCCAAACGUUUCCAGGAUUACAAAACAAUAAUACGAUUGGCAUGUGCUUUACCAGAUUUGGAAAGGAAAGCUAAAAUCCAAGAAUACAAGGAGUUCUUCAGUUCCGCUAAAUUUUGCAAUAUGUUAUACGAAUAUUAUCUGGAAAAUGGAUAUGUUAAAGAUCUGCUGGAAAUGAAAGAACCAGAUGCAGAUCUUUUCUUCGCAACACAAACUAAUGUUGGAUGGAUGCGUGAUCUUGAAAAUGGCGAUUUUUCCAAGGCAUGCCGCACUCUUAAGACGCUUUCGCAAAAAUCAAACGAUGAUGUUGUACUGAAAAGGCGUUUGCUUUCCUUUGCAAAACUUUCUGCCCUUUGUGAGGAUGAAGUGGAUAACAAUUUUCUGGAAGGCAUUAAACGCGACCUCAAUUUGAUUAAGCUUCAACAAAAAAUCGAUCCCAAUUUAGAAAUGAAAUUUGAUUCAUCCGAACCGGCUUCAAAGAUACGGUCAUGUACUGCAGAAGAGAUUAUAAGAGCGCAUUUGAAUAAUGCAUCAUGUGAUGUUAAUCGAUGUUUUGACGCACUACUCACAUUAUCAACACUGAUGGACGAAGAAGCAUCUGAUCGGACGGGUGAGCUGGUACAUUCUUUGCAAACCAAAAUAUGGAUAGCUGCUAUAAAGGCGAAUAGCGAUUACUGGAAAAAAGUAACACGAGAUGAUGAUUCAAGAUAUCCAACUGUUUACAGUGAAUUGUUGGACAGAAUUACGGCCUAUGCUCAGUUAUCCAGCGAACGAAAACUUGAAUUAAUACCCGAUACUAAGAAAUUGGCCGAAUGUUUGACACAAUUCGCUCACAACAAAUUGUUUGGUGUUUUACUUCGGACUAGUGAAGAGGCUGCUAGAAGAAGUAUCUCAAGUAGGGAGGGGAUAAAGGUCACCAGUGAGGCAAUUCUAGAUUCGAUGCGAAGUUGAUUUUGUUGCUCUGUGUCUUUCGAUGAUUAUCGAGGAUUUUUUAAGAUUGCUAAUGUAGAAAGAGACGUAAAUUAAAUGUAGAGAUUGGAGGAUGCAGUAAGAAAAUCACAUUCACAGCUUGUGAUCAGAAGUGAGCGUAAAUCCAGAUGGAAUUAUUGAAUUUGUUUUUGUUAUAGUACGUGCAUGUUUUCAGUUUCUCGCUAUUUUGCUUUUUUUUCCGGAUCUCAUAUUUUCCUAUAUCUUCUUAAAAUUAUUGGCUGGUAGUUUCCCAAGCUUUGCGAAAUUUGUUCGGAGCAGCGUAUUUCAGAGGAAUAAUCAGUCACAUUGUUAUGAGGUUUUAAAGUGAUGGUAACUUUCACUUUGAUAAGUUGAAAUUCCUA